AUGAAAUACGUUCUCGCUCCUCUCGUUUUUGGACUUGGUGCCUCAGCCGCCGCCUUGAAGCGCGCCGAUCAGUGCUGCUUCACCCUGACGGCCUCGGGCGGUAAAAACGGCACCGUCGGCCAGCUGAGCGAUGGCCAGAACCGCAUUGGUGGCCCUUAUUCCCCUGCCAACUACUGCCUCGACAACGGUGGUAUCACGGACAGCAACCACCGUGGAUGCAUCUUGACCCCUCCCACCACUCAGUUCCAAUGUGACGAGGGUGCUAAGCCCACUGGUGGCUUCGCUGUCGGCAGCAACGGCCAGCUCACCCACGAUGGCAGCCAGAAGUUCUAUGCCUGCGGCACUGGUGACAAUGGCGCAUACAACAUCUACACCUCGCCUGUCGAGAACCAGAAGGACUGCACUGAGAUCUCUUUGACCGCCAGCGGCUGCGGUGCGCAGGGCAACACCACUUCUUCGGCUCCCACUCAGGCUUCUACUCCUGCCUCGAGCGCCUCUUCGAUCGUUUCGUCUGCCAGCAGCAGCAGCAGCAUCCAGACUUCUCCCGCUCCUUCUCAACCUGCUAGCUCCCAGCCUGCCGGUUCUCAACCCCCGAGCGGGCCCUCCACUUCUACCAUCUAUUCCACUUCAGUUGUAACUAUCACCAGCUGCGGCCCCGAAGUCACCAGCUGCCCUGCUGGCUCGGCUCCUGGUCCCAGUUCGAGCGUGCCUGUGACCGAGAGCUCCGUGCCCCAGUCUUCUGCUCCUACUGGUCAGCCCAGCUCUGCCCCUAGCCAAGCUCCUUCAAGCUCUGCCCCGGCUUCUGUUCCCCAGAGCUCUGUCCCUGCGUCUAGCCAGGCUCCCUCGAGCUCCGCUCCUGUCUCUGUUCCCCAGAGCUCUGUCCCUGCGUCCAGCCAAGCUCCUUCAAGCUCUGCCCCGGCUUCUGUCCCUCAGAGCUCUGCUCCCGCAUCUAGCCAGGCUCCCUCGAGCUCUGCUCCCGCCUCUGUCCCUCAGAGCUCUGCUCCGGCAUCCACUCCUUCCAGCCAGGCCAGCACUGCGCAGAGCUCUACCCCCGCUCCUUCAUCCACUCAGCCCAGUUCCACCCAGCCUCAGAGCUCUUCCACGGUGCCCACCUCUUCAGCGCCCUCUAGCUCUGGCAGCGGCUGCCCGACCGACCUGAAUGGCAACUACCAGUACCCUCACCUGAUCGUGUACACCUCCAACAAGGACCAGAACAAGGCCUCCGGAACCCAGUACAACGGCGAGGUCAACUCUGAGAUCUCUACCAUCUUCAACUUUGACAUCCCUCAAUCCUACGAGGGCAAGACUUGCUCGCUCAUGUUCCUCUUCCCUCAGCAGAGCCAGCUUGAGACCUCCAGCUACAACUUCACCGGCUCUGGAAGCAUCGACUUUGCUCAGCUGAGCAGCCCCGCCACCCAGUCCACCACCUAUGCCAACGCCCCUGGCGUGCAGACCGACUUUGGCGCCAAGAACGUCAGCCCUGGCAACAGCUACCCCAUUACUUCCUUCCCUUGCCCGGCUGGCCAGGCUCUUACUUACGAGGCCAAGCUCGCUAGCGGCGACCUCUCUCUCAGCUACUUCGAGGACUGGAACCCCAGCCCCAUUGGUCUCUUCAUCCGCCAGUGCUAA